GUGAGGGAUAUAGACAGGGAGAGAGAGAGAGAAAUGGCGCCUCGAUGCUGCGCUCACUGAGGCAGUGUUUGGAGCCGGCUAGGGAGAUUCAGUAAGGGCAGACAAAAGGAAAAAACAUGGUGAACACAAGGAAAAGCUCACGGCCGAGAAGCGGUCCCUCCAUAUCCUCGAGGACUAGGUCGUCGUCGAGAACCGAGCGAAACUCUGAGGAACAUAAGGAGCCCAGUAGUGAUGUCAGCUGUCCCAGCAGCCCGCGCUUGGCUCCCCCUUCCAAGCGAACGCGGCGGCAGACGGCCUCGGAGCCCAGCUCGAGCGAUACCUCUCCGUCCCCACAGACCAAGGGCCAGAGGGUCAGCUGGGAAAUUCCCACCUACCGCACCAGAUUGUCCUCUCGCAUCAUGCAAAAUGGCCACGCCCAUAUGAGUCACCGGAAUGAGGAGCGUGGAGGGGGGGAUCACUCUCACAUGAAUGGACAUGUGGAGCUGAAGAGGAGCUGCCGAGUGAAGAAGAGCCAGUUCGAACACCUCAAUCAGAGCCUGCUGUUCGACCAGCUGGUCAACAGGGAGGGACGGGGUCCUCUUCUUCCGCCACGACUGUCGACCAGGCGGACUGCUCAGUGCGUCAGGGGUCUGCGGCCAUAUCGGCAAACCACCCGACCCAUCUUGAAACACCGACCUCGUCUCGUUUACCGUGCUUUCACUGCCGAGGCUGUCCUUCAGGAAAUGGACAACAUCAGCAGCAUCAGGCAAAACCGCGAGGUGGAGCGACUGCGCAUGUGGACCGGAGACACUGAGGAGGAAAACAUGGACAUGUAUUCCCGGGUGAAGCGCAGGAAAUCCAUGCGCAGGAGCACUUUCAGCAUGCCAACACACCACAAAGCCAUGAGUAAAACUGAGCAGGAGGACGAAGAGGAGGAAGGGACGGAAGAUUCUCACGGUGAGGAAGAAGAGGAGGAUGCAGAGGAUGAAGAUGAUGAAGGAGAUGAAGCAGAAGAAGCAGGAGAGGAAAAUGACAGACGGUAUAACCUGAGGCAGCGAAAGGCGGUGCAGCGAUAUGAGGCACCACCUAUCGAGCCUGUGAACAGAAAGCAGAGCAACCCCUCACUUUUUGACACCCACAGAUCCCCAGCAAGAAGAAGCCAUAUACGAGUGAAGAAACAUGCCAUUCACAGCAGUGACACCACCUCGUCUUCUGAUGAAGAGCGGUUUGAGCGGAGAAAAAGCAAGAGUAUGACCCGGGCCAGAAACAGAUGUUUGCCCAUGAACCUGGCUGCAGAAGAUCUAGCUAGUGGGGUGCUGCGUGAUCGCGUGAAAGUGGGUGCCAGCUUGGCUGAUGUGGAUCCCAUGAAUCUCGAUAGCUCAGUGAAAUUUGACAAUGUGGGAGGCCUCAGUAACCACAUACAGUCACUCAAGGAGAUGGUUGUGUUCCCACUGCUUUAUCCUGAGAUCUUUGAGAAGUUUAAGAUUCAGCCCCCCAGAGGGUGUUUGUUCUAUGGGCCUCCCGGGACGGGAAAGACGCUGGUAGCACGGGCGCUUGCCAAUGAGUGUAGCCAGGGAGACAAGAAGGUUUCUUUCUUCAUGAGGAAAGGAGCCGACUGCCUCAGCAAGUGGGUCGGGGAAUCGGAACGCCAGCUACGCCUGCUCUUCGACCAGGCUUACCUGAUGAGGCCAUCCAUCAUUUUUUUUGAUGAGAUUGAUGGUUUGGCUCCUGUUCGCUCUAGCAGGCAAGACCAGAUACACAGUUCUAUUGUGUCCACUCUCUUGGCCUUGAUGGACGGCUUGGACAGUCGCGGGGAGAUAGUAGUCAUCGGUGCUACAAACAGACUUGACUCUAUCGACCCAGCACUCAGGAGGCCUGGACGCUUUGACCGGGAGUUUCUGUUCAACCUGCCCGACAAGAAGGCCAGAAAGCACAUCUUGGAGAUUCACACACGGGAAUGGAAUCCCAAAUUGUCUGAGCCAUUUAUAGAUGAAAUUGCAGAAAAAUGUGUCGGCUACUGCGGCGCUGACAUCAAAGCACUUUGCACAGAGGCAGCCUUGGCCGCGUUGCGCCGUCGCUACCCCCAGAUCUACGACAGCAGCAUCAAACUGAGCCUGGAUGUCACCUCCAUCGUCCUGGGGCCCUGCGACUUCAGCAAGGCCAUGAGGACAAUCGUCCCCGCCUCCCAGAGGGCCUUGGCUCCCCCCGGCCGAGCCCUUUCCCCCACCCUCAGGCCCCUGCUGGCCUGCUCUUUCUCCUUGGUGCUGAAAGCCCUGCUCCGAGUCUUCCCCCACGCUCAGUGUACUGACAGGGACAACACACACGGCGGUGACAAUCAACUGCUCGAAGAGGACUACAGCGAUGAUGACAAUGAGGAACGCUCCGCUUCCAUCUAUGAAGUCCAGCCUGCUGCAUCCCCAAAGACUCAGCUCUCCUCUUCUGCAACACACACACCCUUCCUCCACUUCUCCUUCUCCGCCCUCCAACAGCCCACAGCAUACCGGCCUCGUCUGAUGCUGGCUGGGGCCCCGGGCUCAGGACAGAGCUCCCACUUGGCCCCUGCCUUGCUGCACCACCUAGACAAGCUUCCAGUGCACCGGCUGGAUUUGCCCACUCUCUACUCCGUCAGCGCUAAGACGCCAGAGGAGUCCUGUGCUCAGGUUUUCCGGGAGGCCCGGCGAAGCAUGCCCAGCGUGGUGUUCAUGCCGCACAUCUCAGAGUGGUGGGAGACAGUGAGUGACACUGUGAAGAGCACCUUCCUCACCCUGCUGCAUGAUGUGCCCUCCUUCAGCCCCGUCCUCAUCCUUGCCACAGCUGAGACUCACUACUCACAGCUGUCAGACGAGGUGAGGAGUAUUUUCCAGAGGUCUUACGGGGAGGUAGUGACGCUGUGCCCUCCAGCAGAAGAGGACCGGAGAAGCUUCUUCUCUGACCUGCUGCUGUUGCAAGCAGCCAGGCCUCCACCCCGCCUCAAGAAUCAAGGGCGAUGUGAAGAGGUUCUGCCAGUGGCCGAGGCUCCGGGGCCCAGAGUCCUGUCAACAGAGGAACAACGCCGCCUGGCUGAGCAGGAGGAGAACACGCUACGUGAGCUCAGGCUCUUUCUCAGGGACGUGACCAAGCGCCUGGCCACUGACAAACGCUUUAACAUCUUCAGCAAGCCAGUCGACAUCGAUGAGGUGUCUGACUACCUGCAGGUGAUUCGGCAGCCCAUGGAUCUGUCCACCAUCAUGACCAAGAUUGACACCCACCAGUACCUGAGGGUGACAGACUUCCUGGGGGACAUCGACCUCAUCUGCAGUAAUGCUUUAGAAUACAACCCUGACAAGGAUCCUGGAGACAAGGUGAUCCGGCACCGAGCAUGCAGUUUAAAGGACACUGCUCACGCUAUAUUUGCUGCUGAGCUGGACCCCGAGUUCGACCGCAUGUGCGAAGAAAUCAAGGAGGCGCGCAGGAAGACGGACCUCCAGACGCCAGCUCAGCAGACGGCGCUGAUGGGCGCCGUGGCAACCAGAAGGCACCACGCUGCAGCAGAAGAGCAGGCCAGGAGCAGCACUCAGGGCGAGGCCACUGACAAACAGUGCACCACUAAUCAUAUAAAGCGAAAGAUUCGCCGGCGGCCAUCUUGGGGGCGGGGCAUCAUCCGUAAGAAGAAGACUUAUAAGAAGGGAAUGGAAGAGGAGGAAGAGGAGGAGGCCGAGGUGGAUGCUGUGGGGCCCAGUGACUCAUGUUUAACGCAGGACGAGGAAUCAUCAUGUGACACCAUGGGUCCCCAGCCCAAUGGCCACCAUCCCCAUGUCCCCUCUACAGAAGAAGAGAGCUCCAAUGAGCCCCCUGUUUCAGCACCUGCUGAACCUCCAGAUGCCAGCGAAGCCCAAAAAGAGCAAACGCCUACGGAGGAGGAACCCUCGGCCAAAAAGGCAGAGCCUGAGAACACAGAGAAACACAGUGAGCUGCAUCGCCUCAGUGGCAGUUCUCAGCCCAAGGCAGAUGGGGAUGGCCAAUCCAAGAAGGCUGACUUCCAGCCGUCAAUUGAAUUGUCCAAAUCUUCAGAUGCUGAGGUCCAGCCUAAGCACACAGAGGGUGUCUUAAUAUCACAAGCGGACUGUGUGAAUGGAAACGAGUCAAUGGACAGCCUGGACUCGCACAGCCUCCAGGGGAGCAGUGAGGCUGAGAAAAGAACUGCUCAUAGCACGGCUCAGGGCUCUAAUGAACCAGAACAGGAAGAGCACAAAGAUAAACACGAGAGCAACCCAACUCAGGAGCACCCUCCCCAGGAUGGGAGAGCAGAAGCAGGAAAUGUUGUGGAACAUCAACAAACAGAAGGGGAUUCCACAGCUGAGAUGUCAGAGCAGCUGAUGGGAAUUACUGAAAGGACAGAGGAAGAGCCACAACCAGCCCCCCCUCAGCCUCCUUUAGUGGUUGACCACCAGCGACUUGCGGCUCUACUGGAUACGGUGGUGAAGAAGAGUGAAGGCUACAGUGUGGAGCAGCUGGAGAGACUCUACUCCCUCCUCAGCCAGUGCAUCUACCGGCACCGCAGAGAGUACGAAAAGACCCAGCUACUCGAGGAGAUGGAGCAGAAAAUCCAGCAUUUUGAUACAUUCCUGUGAGAUGGAGAGGAUACCAUAUCAGCCUGGGACCACAAAGACACUAACUGAGUGAGAGAGAGAGGAACUUCAGCCCUCAACCCAACACAACACAACACACACACACACACACACAGACACACACACACACACAAACAAAGAAAUCCAGCGCCCUCUUCUUGCUGGGAGGAGAAACUCGAGGACGAUGUUUAGGACAUUCGAUGGUGCUAUCGUCUCAGGAACCUGGCCAGAUCCAGACCCCUUAUACAUAACCAAACUCCUGGAGGUGUGUCAGUCUCACACACACACACACACACACACAUCCAACGCUGACGGGCGACCCUGGUGCUACUCGGGUGCUAUCCUAACUUUCAUCCACGCUGCUCUUUGGGAUUCCUUAUUAACUUUGAUGACGAGCAAAAACCAACAGAUCGGGUGGUGUCAUAAACCUGGGGGCUGCUUCGCUCCUGCAGCAGGCCGUGCAACACACACACCCAGACUGUAACAUGUAUUUCAACAAACACACAGCUGGAAAUGCACACACACACUCACCCAGAUCCUCACCAGCAGAGAGUGUGAAUGCAGAGGCCCGCUCGGAGAUGAGGACAGAUAAUGUUCUGAUUCACUGAACCACAUUGCUGAGCCCAUCUUUCCUCCCCCCCCCCCCCCGCAACCCCGAGUGAAAUGCUUCGUCAUAGGCCAGUAGUUACUGUGCUAUUACGCGGCUCAUCUUUUUCCGUCAUUUUAGCUACUUGAUUAAUUCAAUACCUGAGCCACCGUCAAGGAUACUCACCCCAGAACAAUAGUUUCAGCUAGAACAAAAACUGGAUGAAGUUGGCGCAGCGGGACUAGAGCCGAUUAUGUCCUCUUCAUUACAGCGGGCUCGGUGGAGGGCUGUUGGCCCCCUCACAGUUCCUGUCUCAGAGUGACUGGUGAACAAGGUCAGCUGUACGACCUCUCGUAUACACCACCUCUGGCGUUCACACUUGCAGCAGAUUGUCAUGUCCUAAAUAGUUUGUGGUAGCUUAACAACCCCUCCUCUUCCUCCUGCUCACUAGCAUUCACAGUCUGAAUGUUUUCCCUCCCGCUCAGGCUGAGCCCGCCAGUUGAUUUUCCUACCGACACUCCCGGCUGAGGGACUGGAAGCAGUACAAAUUGGAAUGCGUCUAGAGUUUGCACUGCCUAGCGUGUGCCUUAUGUAAAACCCCUUAUAUUCAAACUCUGAUAUAUUUAGCAGGAUUUUUUAUUUACUUGUGACAAUGAACAGGCUCCAAUUUGGGGUAAAAUCCUAACCACUAAGGUCAGAGUGACCUUGAAGCAAAAAAAUAUAUAUUUAAAUACCAUUAGGUUGUUUAAAAUCAAAUCUAGGUUACAUCUCCAACUGAAAAAACACGUUUUAAAACCUCUGAUUACAAAUUGAGUUUUAGAUAACACUUACCUUCGUGGAUGAGUCCGGCCAGAUGCAUCUCAAGCACUUGAAAUGUUGAUUCGAUAUUUAAAUGUAUUCAUGCCCUCUUAAAACCCAGACCAGUCUCCACCUGAGCGGACAGCAGGUGUGAGAAAAGGUUGACACCACCAGCUUUUCUUCAGUUUUCCAUAUGCAAAAAUGUUGAUGCGAGUCAAACGGUUUACCGUGCCAAGUUUUACCCCACUCACUUAAAAAAGAAGGUGCUCACAUAACCUGUUCAUAUGAUUUGUAUUAACUAUGAAAAUGUUCUUUUACAUGGUCAUAACAACCUGUGUGUUAUGUUGUAUAUUUGAUAAUACUUUUUCUACGUUUGUUUUAGUUUUUUUAUAAAAUGCUUCGCUUGACGUUUUGCAAUCCAUAAUGAACAAGGCCACUCUAGGCAGUGCCCGUCACUAAGUUGUAUUAAGCACAACAUGGUUUAUUUUUUUCCCUCCUUUCAAAUGGGUGUACCGAAUUUACGGAAAUAUUUUUUCUGUUUUUCUCGACACCAGACAAGAGAAGCUGGAUUCUCAUCUGUGGCCAACAUGUUGGACUGCAGUUUGUGAAGAAACGAACUGAAGCUUUAUAAUGUUCUCAUGGCAUUGUCAUGGCUUUUGGAGAUGCCAUAUUCUGAGCAGGUGCAGACUUCUUUCACUCUGGUCCAAUCCUCAAACUCACCUCAAGCUCACCUCUGCCUUCUCUCAGACUCUAGGUGACAAAAAAAGGAUAUGCAAACUGGCAUUGACAGGUUAGCACUUGGACUACUGCAGAGAGAAAAACCAACGCUACCUCAGCUUAAUUUAUUUUAAUGCGACAACCGUUUACUGGGUACAAAAACAGUGUUUUCCCCCCCCCCCCACCCCCGAAAUACUAUUGCAACAUCUCCAGUAUCAUCAAAGGUACCAGAUCAGUGAAAGCACGGCCGCUGCAGUAAUCCAAGAGUUCCUCAUAUCUCUCCGAUUGUUCACGAUGUUUGCAUCUGAGCCAGAUGAUGAUUGCAUACAUUUUUUUUACAUAUUUCGUGGGCUGUGUAUUGUUUGCUUUUGUCAAAUUUUUACUGUUCCUAGACUCUGAAGAGAUGUCAUAGAUCUUCUGUCCUUUCAUAAAAAUCACACCCAUACUUUGUUAGAAGCUACAUCUUUUUGCCUCCUCACACAUCCAUCGCCUUUAUAUUACAUUGAGCUUUUUUUUUGCAGAUUUUCAUCUCAUAAUUCCGAUUAUUUAUUAUUAAACACAUUUUACACCUAAUUCAGUCAAUUGUCUUUUUGUACGUUUUGAAAUGUAAUGAAUCGGGAAAGCGUCGCACGUCUGUUUUAACAUUUUUUGUUGAAUUGCAUAGCGUUUUUGUAGCAGGUUUUUAUUUGGCGUGUGCGGGGGAAUAAAGGGUUUACAGGUCACUCAGGUUCAAUACGCGUCAACAUGCCCUUUGCAACGUUUCUAUUUAUUUCAUUAUUCUGGUGUUUUCUUCGUUAAAGUGGUUACGAACUGUUUGGCAUGCGGGAAGAGACUAACAUGAGGACGGAUAUUUAAAAAAAUUGCUUCUGUUUAGUGGAUCCCUGGAAGAGAAACAGGACCAGAGUUCAUUAAAUGUUGUUCACUUUGUCUCCACUUUCUGCCAAAAGAGUUAUUUUUUAAGGAAUUUAGAAACACAUAUGGAAAUAAAAUAUGGGUAGUUAAAUGUCAUACAUUGUGAUCUUCCUUUCUUAAUAAAAAUUGUAGCCAGUUUGGACUAACAACCAAUUUUUGUCUGGUAGUUGAGACUACUUAGUCCAGUAUGCAGAAGGAAGGGUUUGUUCUAUCCUGAAUUACUUUGUUCUUCCCUAUUGUUUCACAGAUACUUUUAGUCGAGACUUUCCAUAGCUUUGUCUAUUCUGUUCUGUGUAUUUAACACGCCUGAUCGAAAUUGUUACUUUAGUGUAAAUUAUUAUUUGAAAUGAAACAUUUACUGUAUUUCUCAAAUAAACUGCUGUGAUAUACUUGAAUAAAAAGGUGCAAGCUGAUUAUUUCAAA